CAAGUGCGCGAAGGGAGGGGCGACUCCGGGUCGGGAGCGGCUCUUCGGCGUCCAGCUUGGGGCGCCCGCUCUCGUCACUGCAGCUGCUGACCGGGCAAGCGCCGUGAGGCGGGCAGACGCGCCAGGCGACGACGGCUGCACGGCUUGCCAUGGCCCAGGCCAAGGUCGGCAACGCCAAAAACAGCGGAGCAGGAGGCGGCGGCGAGGCAACCCAGCAAGCGGGCGCGGGUCAGCAGCCCCGAGGUCGCUUCUUCCGCUCCACCUCCAUGGCGGACCGCUCCACCCGCUUGCUUGAGUGUCUGGACCAGCUGGAGCGGAGAGUUGAAGCUUUGCGUGAUGCAGCAGCUUCAAUGGAACAAGAAAAAGAAACUCUUCUGGAAAUGAUCCAUAAUAUACAGAACAGCCAGGAUAUGAGGAAUAUUAGUGAAGGUGAAAGAGAAGAACUUAAUCUGACUGCCAAGCGCCUUAUGGGCCGAACCAUCACAGUUGAGGUUUCGGUAGAAACCAUACGGAAUGCUCAGCAGCAGGAAUCCCUGUUGCGGGCUACCCAGAUGAUUGAUGAAAUAGUCAAUAAACUCUUGGAUGAUUUGGAAGACUCAAAGAGCCGGUUAAUAUCACUUUACGGAGCUUGUACAUCUGAGACACCAUCAGGACCUGUUGAUCAAAAAUUUCAGUCUGUUGUAAUUGGAUGCGCCAUAGAAGAUCAGAAGAAAAUUAAGAGACGGCUAGAGACUUUGCUUAGAAAUAUAGACAACUCUGAAAAGUCCAUCAUGCUUCUAGAAAACCAAAGAACAACUUCAAGGGAACUCUGCAACAAUGGAAAAGAUUAAAAGCUUUUGAUUCCCAUUAUGAAAAAGUAAAUGUUUUCUUAAAAUAUACAAAAGCAAAGAAAUGCUGCCAUUUUAAAAUAUAUAAUGCAUGGUCACAUGCCCAGAAACUGAAGGGAGUUUAUAAGCCUCUUGUACAAAUCCUGAGGUAUUCAGAAACAAAGAUGGAAGAAGAUAGUUCUGGGGGAAAAAACCCUUACAUUCCUCUGAGGGGAAAAUAUGUCUGCUUCCAUUAAAAACAAACCCACAAACCAACCAGUUCUAAAGUGUCUGCAUAAAGCACAUCCUGAGGCAACUAUAAAUGUUAGGCACCAUAGAAGCACAUAAACUCAUGAACAUUCUGUACUUUUUAUUCUAUGCUUUUGUUCCUAUCAACGGGAUGGCUAGAAUGUUUUGCCUUCCAUGCCUUCCUGUUCAAAAAAUACAUCUUUAAAGGGCUUGGGUACAGUGAAAUAAGUAACUAAUGCCUUAUUUGAGAGAAUGUUUCAUAUCCAAAGGAUAAAUCUUUUCAUAAAUGGUAUCCCAUUUAUUCCUUUUAGUACUGUAUUGAUUUUAGGCCUUAGUAUCCAGUUAAUCCCUAGAGAUAAUUUAGCAAUAUCUGUUUUGUUCUUGAAUGAUUAAUCUAUCAUAGACAAUUCAAUUAGAUUGUAUUCUGCUUCAGUGAAUAAAUCUGUUUAAGAGAGAUAAGGUGGAAAAAAUGCUAUAGUAAACGCAAACAAAAUUUAUAUGUACUUCCUUGUUGAUGAAUAUUCAUAAAUAAAAUAAAUCAUGCUCCAUGCAUUACAUUUUAGUAUAUUUUGAGUAUGUAACUUACAUAUAUAUCGAUCUCUAAAUUCUGUUCAAUAUGAGAAUGCCUUAGCUAUGUUUAAAGUGUGCUUCUAUUACCUUAUCUGCUCAAAAACAUAGUGUACUUAACAUUUCAUAGAGAUGUCUAUAUCUAUUACGUUUCCUCUUUCAACUUCUCACAGUAUCUCAAUCCCCUUGAAAAAGUUGCACAGGAGCAAUAAGUGAAAAUUGCUCAGAUUUUACAUCUGUGAAAGAUGUUAAUAGUUAAAGCUUGGAAUAUGUAAUUUCAUUCCACAUGUGUCAUAAUGUAUAUGCAGAAGAAAAGGAGAAGUACAGUAUUGCCAGAAAAGCAUGGUAUAGGAAAAUGUCCAAUCACUCAGCAGAAUUGUCCUUGCAAAUCUUAAUAUUGCGCAUGUUGAACUAUUAGCUAGGACUGUGCAUUGCAUUGGAUUUUAAACGGUUUACAGAUCCGAUUGUGCUGUUGCAUGAUAAAUUAAUACAGGAAUUUAUGACCACAAUUGAGCCCAAAAUUUAAUUGCAAAGUGACGAAUUUGUUGAGUUUUGCCCCAUUUUACCCGUUUCUUGCUACAUUUGUUAAGUGAAUUAUUGCAGUUGUUAAAUUAGUAACACAGUUAUUAAGUGAAUCUGGUUUCUCCAUUGACUUUGCUUGUCAGAAGGUUGCCAAAGUUGAUCACAUGACCCCUGGACACUAACCAUCAUAAAUGUGAGUCAGUUGUCAAGCAGCCAAAUGUAAAUCACAUGAUCAUGGGGAUGUUGCAACGGUUGUAAGUGUGAAAAAUGGUCAUAAAUAACUUUUUUCAGUGCCAGAACUUCGAACAGUCACUAAACAAGCUGUUGUAAGUCAAGGACUACCUGUAUUUCCAAUGAUUUCAAAUACAAAUUGAAAGCUUUCAAAAUAUAUUUGGAUAUUUUGUAAAAUAAUGUAUUGGGAUAUGCUGGUUUGUAAUUUUACAUUAUUUAGCAAUGCACACUCCAAGAGAUAAGUUGGUAAUUUUUGUUAUAGGUUUCUAAUUAGAGGACUGGAAAUUUGAGUGGUGUGAGGGCAUGUGAAACAAACAAAAUGAUCCCCUUUUCCCUUCCCACGGAUUUAAAAAUAAAUCAAUAAACUCGCCUGAGCCAUAACAUCUUUAGAAAGCCAAGGAAUUUGAUAAAGCUGAGUGUGAGCAUAGGCUCUAGGGACCAAGCCAGCAUGAGCAUCAUAAAUGUAACUUUCAUCAUAAAUGUAACUUUCAAAGAGAGCUAUGUUUGAAAAUGUAUUUUUGCCUUUUCAAUAAAAAGUGAAAGAAUCCACUCCACUAAUCUCGCUAAACAUGGUAGACUGUUAAAUCCAAUCAUGUUCUAUCAAUUACCUUGCAGCAGUGAGCUAUGUAUCCUAAUUUCCAGUGAGCUAUGUAUCCUAAUUUACAUAGAGGUAGUCCUCAACUGAUAUAACUGAUGAAUUUUACCACUAAUCCUUACAUUUAUGACCUCUGCAGGUCUGUAAAGCAAAAGAAAGCUGAAGAUAAACAGUCUCAUUUAAUAGACCACUUUGUUCAACAAUCAAGUUCCUGGUAUCAACUGUUGUAAAUAAGGACUACCUGUAACUCUGUAGAAAAGGGUCAUAUCCUUACCUACUUUUAGAUUUGCUUCUGCUGCCUCAGGUAUUAUAACAAACAGUUGUGCUUCAAGAGAAUUCAAGUGAUGACUUCUAUUUUAAAUUAACUGUUAAGGACAUUUGAAGUAAGUAUAUAUAAAAAGUACCCUAUGAAGAGAGAAUGAGGAAAUUAGAAAUAACCGAGGAAAAAUUAAUAUGGGGUAAUAUUUUUUAAGUCCCUUAAAAGGCUGUCUGACAAUACAAGAAUAAUGCUUUAAACUUAAAGGAAAAAGCAAAACCUUAUUAACAUUAGGGACAACUUGUGAUCAAUGGUAAGAAUUUGUUUUACCAGUACAGUUCAAUAAUGGAGCCAAUAACAGUUAUUUCUUUUGAGUUUUGCACUGACCAAGGUACAGGAUUUGAAAGCUUUAAUGGCUCUUUAAAGGAACAAGGCAAAACAUACUGAGCAUUUUUUAAAUCAAUGUUAUCAAAUUUCUGAAUAAAUUCAACUGCAGUUUGUUCAUUUGCUAUAAAGUAUUUAUUUUAAAGUAUCUGGCUAAUUCGUGAAAUAUUUGGAGCAACCGGUCAUAAGGUUUAACUAUUACUAAAAAAGAUAUUUUUCCUAAAUUAAUUUUUCAAAAACAAUCUAUCACAGUUAAGCAGUAUUUUGAGUAUCUAAAAGAUGUAUGUGGCUAUUAUUUGGGAUACGAGAUGAUUAAAUGAUUCUGGAUGUUCAGUAUCAUACUUACAAGAAGUAACAAUUGGAAGAGUUGAUUCACUCCUUUGAUAAUAGGGUGCCUAGCAAAUUAAGUCUUGCCUCAGAGAUUGGUUUGAUAAAGGUCUUCGUUUUUUCUUCUUCUGUUCAAUAGUGUCCAGUUCUCUCAGACUGCUUGUAUAAAUUCCUGCAGUUUUCUUGUCAAGGUUCUUCAGAUGUGAUUUGCCAU